AUGGGCAGCUGGGCAGUGGGAGCCAUCCUCGCCCUGCUGGCCUCGCUCAUCCUCGCUGCCAACGUGCUGGUGGCCGUUGUCCUCCUCUUCCUCAUCCCGAAGAGCAGCAACAAGGGGCUCUGUUUUGUCCUCAAUCUCGCCAUUGCGGACACCAGUGUUGGCUUCACGGUCAUGAGUCUGGCCAUAGACGAGAUUUCCCAGCCCUUUUAUCCUUCCCAGAAGUUCUGCACCCUCAGAGUGGCUUUUGUGAUCUUCUCUUCUGCUGCCUCCAUCUUGUCCCUGAUCCUGGUCGCGUGCGACAGGCACCUGGCGAUCCGGAAGCCUUUCCACUAUGUCCAGCUGGUGACUGGCCAAAGGAUCGGGAUGUGCUUGGUGGGGCUCUGGCUGGUUGCUGCCACCGUCGGCUUCCUCCCGGUCUUCGUCCCGGUCUUCCAGAGGUUCUCUGACUCUGGGAAGUGCUCCUUCUUCCAUGUCUUCCACCCCGCCUACCUGCUCACCAUGUUCUUCAUCGGCUUCUUCCCCGCGCUCUUCCUCUUUCUCUACCUCUACUGUGACAUGCUGAAGAUCGCCUCGGUGCACGUGCAGCACAUCCAGGAGGUGGAGCAGGCCGGGCUGGCGGGGGGCUGCCCCCCAUCCCGCACUGCCAGUGACAUGAAGGCCAUGCGCACGGUCGCCGCGCUCAUCGGGUGCUUCACCCUCUCCUGGCUGCCCUUCUGCACUGCCAGCAUCGUGCUGAUGUUCUGCUCCAAGUGCUUCCCCUACAAAAUCAUCGAGCACUUCCUCUGGCUGCUGGGGCUGGGGAACUCCCUCCUGAACCCGCUGCUCUAUUCCUACUGGCAGAGGGAUGUGCGGCUCCAGCUCUCCCAGCUGGCUGCAGCUGUGAAGAGGAGGGUCCUGCUCCACCUCGGCAAGGGCCGCUGUUUCCCUGGCAGAGGCCCCAAGCCUCUCCCAGCUGUGUCCUGCCCGCAGCUCCAGGACUGA